CUCCUAUUCUAACAAGCGUCAUCUUAAUAUCGAAGUUUUGGUUGCAAAGGAGUACGCGAGCGAAGAAUAAAUGGUUAAUAUGUGCUGCUAGCCUGAAGUCAAGGCAGACACACGUUGACGGAUCAGGAAGGCAGUAAGCAGUAGGGGCGUCUUAUCUCUGAACCAGAAAUCUAACUAAAAGCAAAGAACACAAUCAAGACCAAACUGACAAAUUUAUUGUUCGUUUUGAGCAAAGUAAACUCGCCACAUCCCACAUUAUUGUGAUCUGCAGCGAGAUAACAUUGAUAAUUGACUGUGAAUUAGUGAAAAACCCAGGGCUAAAUGUUAUUGGACUAUGGUUUAUCUACGAUCUUGGCUAAUGGCUUCAUCUAGCAACACGACAGCUCGAUAGGAGACUCUAACAUCACAGUGAAGUAAUUCUAUGAUACAAAGCCAUUUUCAGUCCAUUCUGAAUAAUUGAAACAUUAUUCGAGUAUUCUAUCGACGGGUCAUCGACUCCCUGCUGUGAUCAUGGCAAAUCCCACCAGCUACGAAAAAGUUACAGAAUUGGAAAAACAAGUAAAACUAGUUUUAUAUAUAUUAACGCUGAUUCUUGGUUUGUGUGGCAAUUCUCUAGUUCUCGUUAUUCUUGCUCGAAAGGUUCGACGCGUUGCUAACGAUCUUUUUAUCAUCAACUUAGCAGUAGCUGACCUAACACUMCUGGUGUUUUCUAUACCUAUUACAGUUCUCUUCUAUGGAGAGUUCAAAUCACCUACUUUGGUAUGUAAAUUAGUCUGGCCAAUGAUGACUGUGUCUAAUACAGUCAGUAUCUUCACCUUGACAUUGAUGGCAAUGUGUCGAUGUCACGUGAUCUUGAAUGCAUUUCGUCCAGUAGUAAGGCAUCGCCGUAUAUAUCGAGGUAUUGCCUUAACAUGGAUCUUAGCUAUAAUGCUCUUGCUUCCCCUGAUGAUCGUUACAACCCAGCAUCCUUUGGGAGGGUGUAAGGAAGUCUGGGGGACGAACGUUGAUGGGAAAAUCUACACAGUAGUYCUAGCAGUAUUGCAGUAUAUCCUGCCUUUGACUUUAAUCGCUAUUGCAUACAUAUGGAUUGCCGUCGAUCUCUGGAAACCAGUCAACUUGAACUCAUCUUGGACGGCUACUGAUCGUAAAGGAAGAGAAAAGAGACGCAAAGAAAAUCUUCAAAUUGUCAAAACAUUAGCAACGAUAGUAGUACUCUUUGCUAUUUGUAUGCUACCAGGUCACGUGGCCUGGCUACUUAGUGAUUUUGGCGGGAAAUCUGAAAAGGAUGUAACGCAAGUGAUUCUUCGUUUUUUUGAUAUUCUUGUUUACAUCCAUAGUUGCUUGAAUCCCAUCGUAUAUGGCACGUUAACUAAAUACUUUCGACGUGAAUACUCCAGGUACAUAUCGUAUAUAUUCUGUUGCAGAAAACAACUACACUCGUACAGUUCCCGUCAGUCACAUAAUCCUUCCGGACGUGAAAACAUGCACAGAACGGCUUCCUUGUAGAUAUAUUACAAGACUUGAUUAGAGCAGCUUUUAUAUGGCUGUGAGAGGUUCGGUGCCGUAAACACGCCGUGCC